AUGCUUACGUUUUCUUUUGUUCUUGGAAUUGUGAUCAUUGCGUAUGCAGUGUUUAAACAGAAAGCCAAAUGCAUAAAUGAAACUGAAGUGGUGGGAGACAUUCAAAUUAUAAGCAAAUUUAUGGGCAUGGAAAGGUUAAUUUUUGACUCUUAUGAGCCAAGCUUCAAACUAAGCAAAAUUGGGAGUAGUCUGUGCUUACUACUUGGGUUUAUCAAAGCGGUCAACAUGAAAGUAUUGUUUUACAUAAUGAUGUUUGUAGUGAAUUCCAGCUAUCUUUAUAAGAUGCUUGAGUAUAUUUCAAGAGAUGGAAGGCAGGGUAUAACAAGUCCUACGAGCACGUAUCUAUCGAUGGUGCUUUUGCAUGGAUGUACGGUAGGAUUGUUUAUGGCGGUGGUUUUGUUUUUGAUUGCUGUGAUUUACACGAAAAGAACAUCCAUAGAGCUUAGUGUGGCAGAUUAUGCCAAGAUUUUUGGAUGGAUAUAUGGAUUGGUGAUGCUGAAUUUUUAUGAGAUGUUGUUCGUGGCUAGUGCUGUUAGAUCUGGCACCAGUACAUGUGUUGCUGCCACUGUUAUUAUCUUUACUAUGGGCUUUUUCAUGGCUAUUCUUGAUUCGUAUAAUGGGGGACAGUUUAUUGCUGAUAUUUUGAAGGCACUGCGGAGUUUAUUAUUUAAUAAGCUCAUAAUGAAUGAUACUCAGCAGCAGCCGAAGAUGGAUUUCAAGAAGAUGAUCGUUGGCUUAUACAAUUAUUCCUUUGGGAUUAACAGCGUAGUGCAUAAAAACACAGAUACGGCAUCGAUUUCGCAGAAUCUGAUUUGUUCCGUGAAGGUUGAGCAUAUUCCAUCCUGGAUGUCGCAGAUUUUACGAUUUAUUUGGAUGUUUUUGACGCCGAUAAGUACGUUCCUGAACUAUGCUCGGUACAGCUUGCUGCCUAGUGUUCUUCAAGACGAGAUCAUAAGGAACUCUGGAACGGUUUACGGGACGAGGUAUCCGAACAAAACCUCGAUAAGGUAUGCGUUUUUUCGAAGUUUGGUUUUGCAAUUUUCAUGA